AUGUUGACAGUUGUGUUCGGAUUGGGACCAGGUACUUGCAUGCCCGUCUCGUUCGCGGACGGCACCUCGUCAGAGGUACCGCCCCUGAUGCUCGUCCACCAUUUCCGUAUUUUCCUCCUCUUCUUCAUGGCUACCUGUCUCUUCGUCAGCACCUUCCUCAAGGUCCUCAAUCUCAACCACCCACUCAGCAGCUGCCCACUUCCCUGUGCUGCCCACUUCCCUGCAGCUGCCCACUUCCCUGCUGCUGCCCACUUCUCUGCAGCUGCCCACUUCCCUGCUGCUGCCCACUUCCCUGCUGCUGCCCACUUCCCUGCUGCCCACUUCCCUGCUGCUGCCCACUUCCCUGCUGCUGCCCACUUCCCUGCUGCCCACUUCCGUGCUGCUGCCCACUUCCCUACUGCUGCCCACUUCCCUGCAGCUGCCCACUUCCCUGCCGCUGCCCACUUCCCUGCUGCUGCCCACUUCCCUGCUGCUGCCCACUUACUUGCUGCUGACCAUGUCCCUGCUGUUGUCGUCGACGGCAAUCGUCUCUGA